AUGGCAAUCACGAAAUUAAGUGCAAAGCAUUGCACAAAAUUACUUAAAGGAUUUGAUACUAGUUUGCCUGCGUUGUAUAAAAGUGAACGUAAGUGCUCUAAUAGUCACUCCACGAUUAAUACACACAGCCUAAACAUGUAUUCCAAGGUAAUAGUACUCCUGUGUGCCGUAGGCAUCGCAACGGCUGGAAAUCUUUAUCAUGAAGCUGCUCCCUGGUCUUACACAACAUAUGGUGCUGCACCAGCAUUUACUUCUUACGCCGCUGCUCCAGUCAUUGGAAAGACUUUUGCGCCAUCAGUUUCAUACCAAUCAAUUUCUACGCAGUCCGCUCCAGCCUACGCUACCUAUUCAACCGCACCAGUAGUCGCUAAGACAAUCGCCGCACCGGCUGUUGCAACUUAUUCAGCUGCACCAUCUGUAUCGUACCAAACUAUUUCCACUCAAUCUGCACCACUCACUUACGCUGCUACUGCCCCGGUAGUUGCUAGAACUUACGCAGCUGCAGCUCCUAUUGUUACUAAGUCUUACGCUGUGCCUUCUCACUCUAAUUACGCAGGAUAUUCAGGCGGAUCAGCAGUUUCCUAUCAGAGUGUUACUAGACAUUCAUCACCAUUGACAUAUGCAGCUGCUGCCCCUGUUAUAUCUAGUUCUUACGCGGCUGCUCCAGUUGUAGCUCAUUCGUACACAGCACCCGCUAUCUCUUCGUAUGCGGCUCCGGCUAUAUCUACUUACCAAACUGCUCCUGUAGCUACUUACACUACUGCUCCUUUAGUUGCUAAAACUGUUUCCCCUGCAGUAUCAUAUUCAUCAGUCUCAACUCACUCUGCUCCCGUGGCAGUAGCUGCUAGAACAGUUGCGGCUCCUGCUUAUACGUCCUAUGCUGCUCCGGUAGUUUCUUAUUCAUCUGUUCCUUCUCAUUCCGCUUCAGUAGCAUAUACGACGGGUCCCUUAGUAACUAAGACUAUUUCUGCACCUGCAGUGGCCACAUAUACAAGCGCGCCUGUAGUUUCUAAAACAAUUUCUCCAGCUGUUUCAUAUUCAUCUGUAUCUUCCCACUCCACACCAGUAGCUGCGUAUUCUGCGGCUCCUGCCUAUACUGCAUAUUCUACUGCUCCUGCCUAUACUGCUUAUUCUACUGCUCCUGCCUAUACGUACUCUACGGGCCCCGUUUCAUCUCACGUCUCCUACUCCGAUCUUAGUGGUCAUUACGGAUGGUAG